UUAUUUUAUAGCUGUAAAGUACAAUGGAGUUUUCGGUUCACAAGGUCAGACCCUGUUAACCGGUAAAUAGUGUCAUUACCUCAAGUGGCCUGCAUUGUUAACUUGUGUUGUCCUCUCUCAGGACUACAGACGUGCCAGUGCCAGCUUCACAAACGUCAGUUAGACCCCAAAUCUUCAAAUCCUAUUAAUAAGCUAUUUAUAAUUCUUUAUUUAACAUAUCCAUGGCCACUGAUAAGUAUUAAAAGUAAAAAAAUAAUACUUUGAGACAAUAUGUACGUGGAAAUUCCAAAGUUUGAAAGAUGUUGUUGUUGUGUGCCUCUGCGUUGUGGGAUUCUCAUUUUAGGAUAUUUAAGCUUGGGUUUCGCUCUAUUCGCCCUUAGCGUGGACGUAUAUUUUAGCGAAGGCUUUGAUCUGUCAAUGCACACGUUCGGCGUCUACAGAGGCACCUCUUUCAUCGCCGAACGAUGGCUCUUCUUCGUCAUGUAUUGUGUGGAGAUCGCCUUCAUCGUGGUUCUACUGAUUGGUGUUCAUACGAGGAACUCUCGGCUAAUGCUGGUGUACUACUACUACGGGAUCACGACAACCCUGGCGUCGCUGGUCACAUUCGUGUUCGUGAAUAUCCAGGAGUUCCACACCCGCAUACCCCUGUACUUAGUAGACAUCGCCAUUAUCUUUAGUGCUAUAGUGACCCAGGCAUACCUGCUUUUACUAAUUCGCAGCGAGCUAGAAAAACCGCGUGAGUCUCUUCGGUUUGUCAACCACCUCGCGGAAGUCUGCGUGCAGCAACCGGCAACCAACGGCCUAAAUCCUUUAUAACUUUAUGUAUGAAGCGCUUUAAUUUAUUCUUAGGCACUAUAUAAACCGCGAACCAGGAAUAGAUUUCCAUGACCAAUCGCCUCCCAGACUCUCGAACUCUGAAUAUCAGUGGUUAACGGCUAUGUAUGAUGAACACUCGUGGACGUCAGCUGGCGCUCCGUUGGUGGGUUGAGGAAUGGCAGCCACGAUAGCAUCUAAACUAUCAUCUGACAAAGUAUCUGCCGGGAGGCGAUGAAUGACGAUAUUCCUGGCCCGUGGUCUAUAGAAGUAUACGAAAAAAAAAAUAUUUUGUUUUAUCCUUAA